AUGGUUAAAGAGCGGGCUGAAUGGGAAAAGUACCGUGAUCACCUGGUGAGGGAAGUUAAGGACUUUGAGAAAGCUAAGGCUGCGUUUGUUGAAGAGAAAGCUAAGUUUGAGUCUGAUAGGAAAUCGGAGGAGUGGGGUCGCGAAGGCUUAAGAAGCAAGCUUCGUGCUGCUGAAGAGCUCUUGUCAAAAGAGCGCACCGAAUGGAAGGAGGUUUGUAAGAAGGAUAACCAGCGCAUGUUUGCAGCUCGCUCCAAAAUUACCGACCUUGAGGCUCAAAAUGCCACAUUAACAAAGAAGGUCGAGGAUGUCGAAGCUGACAAAGAGCGCGUUGAGGCUGAGUUAAAGGUGCAGGUGGCCAGUAGGGACAAGGAUUUGCAUGCCAAAGAUGUGGAGAUUGCGGAGUUGAAACGCAGACUGCACGAACAAACUGACAAAAGCGAAUCCUUGGAAAUUGACCUUGAAGCUGAGAGAGUGAAAGCUGCCAUUGCUGAGGAGGCCAAACAGAAAGCUGAAGAAGCGCGAGAUAUCAGCACUUCUACUCUCAACAUAGCACAGAACAAUUACUCCGAAGCCCAAGCUAUCGUUGACACGCUUAUGGCCAACUCUAUCCUGAAUUCUUCUGAGCUGGAUGCGGCUGUUGCCGCUCUCAUAGAUGCCUCGCGCGUGGUAGGUCAUUGUGGAGGUUAUCUGGAGCGCGCGCAACAUGUUGAAGAAGCAUUAGGGCAGGAGUUUGAUGUCAAAGCGUUGAAGCAUGACGACUGGUGCCAACGGUUAAAGACUAUCUUAGAUCCUCUAGAGACUGUGGAGCUAUCUGGAGAGGAAGAACCAGCCGGUGGUGAUGGCGAUGGCGAUGGUUAUGAAUAUGUGAUAGUGUUGAUAGGCGUUGUGCCUUUUACAAUUACUGCAUUGUUGCUAGAAACUUUAGUUAAGUUAGCGCGAAUAAAUGUAAGUGUGGCUCUUGUGUGA